AUGGCACCGUCUGGAGAACUGGUCGCCCUUGUGACCGGGGCGAACGGCGUCACCGGCGACUAUCUGAUCCAGCAGCUUGCCUCGGAGCCUCACUGGACCAAAAUCAUUGCAACUUCGCGCCGACAACCAUUCCGGCUCCCAAAGGACCCCCGGGUGGUAUUUGGCCAGGCAGACCUCAACUCGGACGUGGCCUCGAUCUCACAGGCACUCCGGGACAUGGGUGCCACCAAAGUGACACAUUUCUUUCACAUGGCAUACAUCCACCAUGACGCAUUCGAGAAGCAAUACGAAUACAAUGUCAAGUUUUUCAUCAAUAUCCUGACCGCGGUAGAUGACAUCAACAAAGACUCACUCCAACGUGUCGUGCUCCAAAACGGGGCCAAAUAUUACGGCUUUCACUUUAAAGCACCGCCCAAGGAGCCCGUCACCGAAGACCUCGGCCGACUCGGGCUCGAGGGCCCGCCCAACUUUUACUACCCCCAAGAAGACUUUAUGUUUGAGCUGCAGAAACACAGGAAGUGGACCUGGUCGACGACGCGUCCAUUCUUGAUCAGUGGGUUCAGCUUUGGUAGCGGACAGUCAUUUACGUGCACGGCCGCCCUGUACUUUACCAUGCAAAAGUAUCUCGGCGAGCCGGCGGUAUUUUCUGUGCCAACCGAGGGCGAAGGAUGCUACGAGAAGCGACAGGACUUCUCCUCGGCGGCGAACAUCGCUGCCUUCACAACUCAUCUUGCCCUCCAUCCAAACGCCCAAAACCAAUCGUACAACAUUGUCGAUGCGGAUCCCAAGGGACUCACGUUCAGGGAGAUUUGGGAAAGUAUGGGUCAGUACUUUGGGGUUCCGGUGACGACCAGAGCCGGAUUCGACAUUGAGGCCGAUAUCGAAUCGAAGCUGAAGCGUGGUGUGUGGGAGGAUUUGGUGGCGAAGCACGGGGGGGACAAGGACGCUUGCGAGAAGUUCGCGACGUGGUCCUUUUUCGGAUGGAUCAUGAGAUACGCCACCUGGGGCUCUUCGGUCAGUAUGGACAAAGCCACACGGGAGCUUGGUUGGACAACCCGCUUCGACACGAGAAAAGACUUGUGCAAAAUAUUCGACACAAUGAAAUUGGAAGGUGUGGUCCCCCAGCUCUAG